AAGCCCGUGAUCCCAGCGGGGUCUAUAAAGAGGCCCGGUGCAGCCCAGUGUCUGGUAUAAACUAAACGUAACUCAGUUACAAUGGCCAAGAUCAUCUUUUACGAAGACAGGAACUUCCAGGGUCGUCACCAUGAGUGCACUAGUGACUGCCCGGAGAUGCACGGCUUCUUCACCCGCUGUAACUCGAUAAAAGUUGAUAGCGGCUGCUGGGUGGCUUACGAGAAGCCAAAUUACGGCGGCUACCAGUACAUGCUGCAAAAAGGAGAGUACCCUGACUACCAGCGCUGGGCGGGCUUCAAUGACUGCAUCCGCUCCUGCCGCAUGGUGCCACCUUACACUGGGAACUACAGGAUGAAGAUCUUCGAGCGGUCCGACUUUACCGGCCAGAAUCUGGAGCUAAGCGAUGACUGCCCAGACCUGAACGAGCGUUUCCACACCCGUGACAUCUCCUCUCUCAACGUCAUGGAGGGCUACUGGAUUCUGCACGAACACCCCAACUACAGGGGACGCCAGUACUUCUUGCGUCCCGGAGAAUACAGGAGGCACAGCGAGUGGGGAAGCACCAGCCCCACCUUCGGGUCCCUGAGACGUGUCACUGAGCUAAACUGAUUCUGUUUUUAUUUUUAACCCAUUCACCCCCCGCCCACCCACCCCCAUUGUUGUAGAUUUCCAACCUCUGUGUGGUCUCAACACUGUGGUGUCCAUACCUGAAAUCUCACAUUCUAAUGAUAGGGGGUUAAAUGCAUUGUUGUGAUGUCUGGUUCUAGUUUUAUUGGGUUGUUUUGCACUGUUGGACGAAGUUCCUCCCCAACUUUGUGCUAAAACAACGUUCCCAGUGAAUUUUUUUUUUUUUUUUGCUUUGGUUGCUCCACAGCAAAAUGGUUUGCCUCGCCAGUCCCCAACCUCCUGUCCUACUGGAAUCACAAUAAAUGAAAACUUGAUGAAAGUCAA